AUGCGCGGCUGGAGCGACGACGAGGACGAGGCGUCUGACCCGCGGCCCCGUCACGCCGUCGCGGCCGCAUCCGGCAGCGGGGCGGGGCGUUCUAUGCGCGGCCGCGGCUUCCUGCCGUCGUCCGACCAGGAGGCCGGGGAGGCCCCGGACACGCCGGCCUUGAGGUGCGCCCUCCGGGGCGACUACGAGAAGUACACGAUAGACCCCGAGGACACGUGGAGGCCGCAGAGGAAGCCGUACGUUGAGCUGCAGGACGGCUGGGAGUUUUCCAACGCGUGGAGCCUGCGGCCAGAGGACGGGCCAGAGAGGCUGCCCCGGGACCCAGGGCCGCUUGUGGGCGUGGCGUGCUGGCGCGUGGACCACGCCGAGGCCCAGGCCUUCCAGGUCGCCUUCGCGAGCAGCUCGCGCGAGGCGCGGGGCUGGCUGGAGGGCCGCGGCGGGCGCGGGGAGGAGCCGUGCGUGCUAGAGCUCCGGCCCUGCUGCGCCGGGCGGCGAUGGGACUUCCGCUUCGCGCGCGCGUCGGCCCUGCAGGCGGCGGGGUGGCGCCCGCUGCCGUGGGCCGAGCCCCGCCGCACCUCGUUCUGGGCGGCUACCUUCCCGGCCGAGGGUGGGAGGCGGUACCUCUGCGCUGGCGUGGGCGCGUUCCCGGAGCGCCGCUUCUUCGCCGCCCGGGUGGCCGCGGAGCCGCAGGUGGUGGGCUUCGGUGCACGGGGGGCGCUGGCUGCCUUCCACGUCCGGGACAUCGUGGUCUUCGGGAGGGGAUCCUUGUUGGGCUCGCCAUUCGCCGGCCGCGACCACUUCGUCGAGGCGCCCGCGGCGGGAUGCCGCGAGGCCCUGUCGGCUCUGGAGGAGGCGGGGCUGCGCGAGGCGGUGCUGGGCGCGGUGCCCCUGGCCCCCGCGGGCGACGAGGGCGCGGACGCCAACGCUGGGUGUCUGCUGGUCUGCCGCUCGCCAGGGCGCGCUGCGGCCGUGGCCGGGGCGCUGGGGAGGGGCGCGAGGGCCUUGGUGAGCUCCCAGUGGACGUGGCCGCCCGAGGACCUGGACGACAGCGCCGCGGGCCCAGAGGCGGCGAAGCGGUUCGCGGACGGGGCCGCGGAGCUGUGGCGCUCGCUCCGCGCCGGCACCGUCCGCGAGCUGGCGCUCUUCGGGGAGCUGCUCGCGCGCCAGACGCGGCACUGCGAGGGCACGCGGCUGGCGCGCGGCGCCGCCCUGCGGCUGAUCCUCGGCGGCCUGAGCGGCCCCGCGUCGGCGCCACAGCCGCCCAGAGCCGGGGCUUGA